AUGGCCACCGGGGCCAUGUCCGAAUACUUUUGUAAAGACCUCCUGACAAACCCAUCAACCCGCGGCGUCACCGACGUAUCCCACACCAUAUCCGCCGUCUCCUCUUCCAACGAACCAUCCAAAGCCGCCGCCUUCCUGUCCCGCAUCGACCACCCUGCCCCGUCCACUGUCAAAACCUACGGCUCAUACCAAGCCCUGGUGGACGACCCCGCCGUCGACAUCGUCUACAUCGCCACGCCGCACAGCCACCACUUCCAAAACGCUAUGCUCGCCCUCACCGCUGGAAAACACGUCCUCUGCGAGAAGGCACUGUGCGUCACGGCCGCGCAGGCGCGUUGCUUGGUGCGCACUGCAAAGGACAGGAAGCUAUUCUUCAUGGAGGGCGUGUGGACGCGGUUCUUCCCGCUCAGCAGGCGGAUUUGUGAGUUGGUCAGCGGGGGCGACAUUGGGACAGUCUAUCGGGUGUCGGCGGACCUCUCGCGUGCAAAUGGCGAUGGCGACGAUGUGACGGGUAAGAGGUUGGAUUAUGAGGAUGGACAUCGCAUGGUGAACCCCGACCUCGCAGGGGGCGUGCUACUUGGGCUGGGUGUGUACGCCCUCACAUGGGUGUUCCAGAUCCUCUACCACCUACAGCCCGAAGCUAAAAAGGAGGCGCCGGAGGUGAAGGCCGCCGUGCAGAAGUACCACACCGGUAUUGACGAGUCCGUCGCGAUGCUGCUCAGCUUUCCGCGCCACAGGACAGUCGGGGUCGCGACUGCGUCGCUGCGCGUGGCGACGGAUCCCGGAGAGACGGGGAACCCGGCGGUGAGGAUACAGGGCUCACGGGGGGAGAUCCAGGUGGCGCAUCCGGCGUAUAAACCGACCUCGUUCAAGAUCAUCAAGCGUAGGAACGAUGGGGAAAGUGUGGAAGAGGUGGUUGAGUGUCCGCAGCCGCAGGAUGAGGAGCGGGGAUGGGGAAAUGGGACGUUUUGGGAGGCGGAUGAGAGUGCGAGGUGCAUUCGGGAUGGGAGGUUGGAGAGUGGGAUUAUGCCGUGGGCGGAGAGUGUGUUGGUGAUGGAGACGAUGGAUGAGGUUUUAGGCGGAGCUGGGAUUGUGUAUCCGGAUGUCAUCUCGAGUCACGAGUUUGAUCCGUGUAGCCCGUUGAACACGGGCAAUUGA